GUAAUGUGUGUGGAGCCAGGGGAAGGCUGCUCAGGAUGGCGCAGUAAUUUGGAUCCUAUCCCUGUCUUGUGCUUCUAGUGCAGGCCAUGAAAACUGACCUUUAAAGAAUGCUUAACCCAUAAAUUGUAACAAACCCUCCUCCUGGAGGCCGCGCCUGACAAUACACAGCCUGGACAAUCACCCCAAUCCGGACAAUCACCCUCACUGGGGGUGCUCAGCCUGGACAAUCGCCUUAACUAGGGCACCCUGACCAGGGGGUACCCCGGCUGGACUAAUACUCCACCCAGAGGGCUUCCCAACCCGGACAGUUACCCUGACCAGGUGGACCCCAACUCGGACAAUCAUCCUGACCAGGUGCACCUCAGCUUGGAAAAUCGCUGUGACCAGGGGACCCAGCCCGGACAGUUACCGCGACCAGGGACACCCCAACCUAAGCAAUCAACCUGACCAGGGGUACCCCAGCUCGGACAAUCAAUCUGAAUAGGGGCACCCAAACCUAGACAACCACCCUGACUAGGGGUGCCUGAGCCUGGAUAAUCACCCUGACCAGGGGCACCCCAAACAGGAUAUUCCCACUGACCAAGGGCACCCCAUCCCUAGACAAUCACCCAAACCAUCGGUGUCUUGCCGAAACGUCGCACUGACCAAGAGCACCCCAACCAGGGGACACCGUUCUGGAGAAUCACCCUGACCACAGGCACUUAGCCUGGACCACCACCCUGAGCAGGGGGAAACUCACAGCAAAAUCAGUUUAAUGAAUUCAGUGAUUUCCUGGUGCUGGGACUAGUCUCCUUUAUCAUUUAGACUUUGAUUCCUUGAGAUUUGGGGAGUUGUAAGAGGUGGUAUGCCAUCAAGCGCUGACGUUCUAGCUGGUGUUGUAGGAGAACGCAUCACUGAAGAGUGGAAGGACAGCCACUUACUGAGAAUGUCUUCCAAGCAAGCCACCUCUCCAUUUACCUGUAAAGCUGAUGGAGAGGAAGAGGUAACAGGUGACAUAGCGUCACGGGAAAAUCAUGAAGGUAGCGACAACCACCUGAGCAGCCACUUCUCCUUGCACCCUUUAAUACACAACAAACCUCACUCCGAGGAGCUCUCUUCAUUGGCCAACAUGCAGACUGACGUUGACUGGGACAGCAUGAUUACUGCCCAGCAUAGAAUGGAAUCAGAAAGCAAUAAAUUACGUUCCAUCUACUCCUUUCGAACCACGUCUACCUCCCCCCACAAACCAGACGAAGGGGCACGUGAGCGCAGCGAUCUUACGACCAGUGUUACCUUUGGCACUCCAGAACGCCGGAAAGGGAGCCUGGCAGAUGUGGUGGACACAUUAAAACAGAAGAAGUUGGAGGAAAUGACAAGAACUGAGCAGGAGGAUUCAACUUGCAUGGAAAAACUACUUUCAAAAGACUGGAAAGAAAAGAUGGAGCGUUUAAACACGAGCGAUCUUCUAGGAGAAAUUAAAGGUACUCCAGAAAGCUUAGCAGAAAAAGAACGUCAGCUUUCUACAAUGAUAACGCAGCUAAUCAGCCUGAGAGAGCAACUCCUCGCCGCACAUGACGAGCAGAAGAAACUAGCAGCGUCACAGAUAGAAAAACAAAGGCAGCAGAUGGACCUUGCGCGUCAGCAGCAGGAACAGAUCGCAAGACAACAGCAGCAGCUACUCCAGCAGCAACACAAAAUCAAUAUCUUACAGCAGCAAAUUCAGGUCCAGGGUCACAUGCCUCCUCUCAUGAUCCCGAUAUUUCCUCACGACCAGCGGACGUUGGCCGCAGCCGCUGCAGCUCAGCAAAGUUUCCUUUUCCCCCCAGGACUAACAUAUAAACCAGGUGAAAACUAUCCUGUGCAGUUUAUUCCAUCAACAAUGGCAGCCGCUGCCGCUUCUGGUCUCAGCCCCUUACAACUCCAGCAACUCUAUGCAGCCCAGGCCCAGCUUGCCAGCAUGCAAGUAUCCCCUGCAGCAAAAAUGCCGUCUACCCCUCAGCCGCCCAACUCCACAGGGACACUGUCUCCUACUGGCAUGAAAAGUGAAAAGAGAGGGACCAGCCCUAUUGUACAGGUUAAGGAUGAAGCAGUGCAGCCUCUGAACUUAUCCUCACGACCGAAGACGGCUGAGCCGAUGAAAUCCCCCACAUCCCCUACGCAAAACCUAUUUUCGGGUAGUAAAACAAGCCCCAUAAGCCUAUCCAAUAAAAGUGGUAUUCCCAGCCCAAUUGGUGGCACGCUCGGCAGAGGAUCCUCCCUAGAUAUUCUUUCAAGUCUUAACUCUCCCUCCCUGUUUGGGGACCAGGAUACAGUCAUGAAAGCUAUUCAGGAGGCUCGUAAAAUGCGAGAACAGAUCCAGCGAGAGAAUCAACAUCAACCUCACAGUAUGGACGGCAAGCUGUCCAUUAACAACAUGGGCCUCAAUAACUGCCGAAGUGAUAAGAUGCUGCUAGAUGCCAUCACAGGAAGGAUAUGCAUUAGGAAUUUGCACGCAGAGAGAGCACAUUAUGAAAAUAUGAGCUCACAGCUUACUGGAAAACCAAAUGAGGAUGGAAAAAUGGGUCCUGGUGUCAUUGACCUUACUCGACCCGAGGAUGCCGAAGGAGGCACCACGGUAGUUGAAGCGCGGGUCUACCGAGACGCACGUGGAAGAAGUAGCAGCGAGCCUCACAUCAAGCGACCAAUGAAUGCUUUCAUGGUUUGGGCAAAGGAUGAACGCAGGAAAAUUCUCCAGGCUUUCCCAGACAUGCAUAACUCCAAUAUUAGCAAAAUCCUAGGCUCUCGCUGGAAAUCAAUGUCCAACCAAGAAAAACAACCAUACUAUGAAGAACAAGCUCGACUUAGCAAGAUCCACUUAGAGAAAUAUCCCAACUACAAGUACAAGCCUCGACCCAAACGUACCUGCAUUGUCGAUGGGAAGAAGCUUCGUAUCGGGGAAUACAAACAGCUCAUGAGGUCUCGGAGACAAGAAAUGAGACAAUUCUUCACAGUGGGGCAACAGCCUCAGAUACCAAUUAGUACGGCAGCUGGAGUCGUUUACCCUGGUGCUAUUUCCAUGGCAACCACCACACCGUCACCGCAUAUGACUUCAGACUGCUCCAGCACUUCAGCCAGCCCCGAGCCUAGUAUUCCCGUCAUACAGAGCACUUACGGAAUGAAACUGGAUGGUGGGAGUCUUGCAGGAAAUGACUUGAUGAAUGGAGAGGAUGAGAUGGAGAUGUUUGAUGACUAUGAAGAUGAGCCUAAAUCAGACUAUAGCAGUGAAAAUGAAGCCAAUGAGGCUGUCAGUGCCAACUGAAGAAUAUUUCUGGACAUUUAUGGAAACAAAGGAGAAUCUAUGAUAUGUUGAUGGAGUUUUGAAAAAAACGAACAAAAAAAAACAAGUUUUCAAAGAGCCUGCAUGCGUAUGUGGCUUUCACGAGUCCAUCAGCAGAACUGUCUUAAAUAUUUCUUGAUGUGUGAGACGGAUUGACUUCCCCUAGGUUUUUUUCUUUCUUGGACUUUUUUUUAUUUCAGGUGUAGACCUGUAUAAAAAGAUCAUACAUCUGGACUUAAAAAACUCAAACCCAUAGCUGUCUUACAAAUCUUACAUUUUUGUGUGUUUUCAUUUUUUUGAUGCUGAUAAUAGAGUUUUUAAGUUACUGUUUAUAGAAGGGGUUAAACAUUCUCUCAGGUACGUAGUGCCAGCCAAUGGGUUGUGAAUGUGUUUUUAUGCUAUAUCAUUUUAGAAGGUAGAUAGCGAUUUUCUUUCUCUCGCUUUUUUAAUUUACAUAUUGUGAAUCCAGACAUGUACACAUCUGCAUACCUAACUCUGUGUAACAUCCCCAAAUCAUUUCCUCUACAAAUCUGUCUUUUUAUUAUCUUAUGUGCCAAAUUCCAUCAUUCAUAAGCUUAAGCAGUUGACGUCUUAAAAGAGAACCAGAAAAGUCAUGGGCGGCACAUGAAGAUUGUGCUGGCCGUAGUCGUUGUUUUCUCGCAUAGUGUGCAUGAUUUUAAUAUGCCUUUCAUGGUACUCACAGUACAGAUCAUUGUAAAAAGUGAACUAAUCAAGGUUACCAACUUUAGAACGCAAAACUAAUGCUUUCUUAGUUGGGUUUAUGUUGUAUCUUUCACUCUUAGGAAGCGAGCAGUCACCAGUUCUAAAUUUGUGUUGAAUGUGCUGUUACGGCCAUUAAGGUGAAUAACACUUGUACUGAGUCUUAACAAUUUUGUUCUUAAUUUGAUAAAACUCAUUCCAGGAUGCAAGGACCAUUAUAUCUUGAAAUCCUUGUACACCGCACUUGGGUAAAAAUAAUUUAAAUCAUUAUUUGGCAGCAAGCGGAAGUUUUCUCCUGUUUAGAUUUUACUUAACAAUUAUUUUUGUUGUCAGUGUUUCAGCCAUAUGGUUCCCUUACAGCAUCCCAUGCUUAAAUGUGAAAUUUUUGUAAAGGUAAGCGUGAAAAUGGAGAGUUUUGCCCAUCCUUAACACUUCUUUGUAAGCAAAUUGAGCCAAUUCUGUAGACCAAGCAUUUGGGGCUAUGAUACAAUUUGUAUUUUGCUUACAAAAAUGGAAAAUGGGCAAUGUGUCAAUGGGUAUGACCCUAUGGCGAUCCUUAUGUUGAUGGCGAGUUAAUUCAUGAUGUUUCAAAAACAAGCUCACCUGCUCACUUUGCAAAACAAUUCUAAAGUAUCCAAAAAUCACAUCUUUACUUCAUCAAAGACGCUAGACAUGUGACACAGAUAAUGUACUCUAAUAGUAGUGUCAAAAACUGGCAAAGACAAAAUGUGAACGACCAAAGUGGACAAUGAAGAGGCUUUUAUAGUCUCUGUUUGGGAUUACAUCCUCUCCGCAGUUCACUUGUGACAUCCCCAUCAUAGCGAAACCCUCUUACUGUCCGUAAAUCUGAAAAGGUAUUUUAUGUAGGUCACUAAAUUAUCAACUUAGCAUGCUCUCAAAAACAAUUUAUUACAAAUAUAACUCAGCGAAAAAUGCAUCACACACAAUUAGGCAUUUUUGCUGUCUCCUAUAAAAUUUUAAUUUAUGGACCCAAAAUACACCCUUGUAGAUGAUUUUAUUCCCUGGAUAUUAUUAAUAUCAAUAAUAUUUUGAUGAACAUAAAAUUAUUUUGGUAAACCCGCAGUCACAUUAUGUAGGGUUUUACUCAGUGUAGAUAGUCCUGAUUGUAAUAACAGUCUUCAGUUCAACACUAAAACACAAUAUGAUAAUCAUCGCUCUAACCAUCAGAAGAUAGUAUAUGUAAGCUGAAUGGUUAUUAAUGGCAUACACAUCUUCGUUUGAGCUAUAAAUUAAGUGAUUAACUAUUUUAAGCAUAGGAUCCCAAGAAUAAGACCUUGCUAUACAUAUUAUAAUAAUUAUAUAUACAGAUUUCACUGCGGAUUUAGAGUAUUAAGGUAUCACCUAAUCCCAUUUUAUAGCAUUUUGGAAUGAUGACUGUAGACGAGUUGGACUGUUUUUCAAGUAAAAAACCUUCAGGAGAAAAAAUGUAAGUGAAAUUUUCAAGUAACGAAAAAACUCUUAAAAAGUUUUGUAGCUUCAUAUGAGGAUAAUACGAGAUGCUGCAAUAUUCUUUUAUUAUAACACUAGAAUUGCAUCAACUGUAUUUCUAGGUAGACAGACACCGAGUGAGGGAGCAGUUAUUCAAUAAACAACACACAAUACUUUGAUUUCCGCCGCUCCUCUGAUUACGAUUAGAAAAAAUAUAAAGAAAACAUGCAGAAUUUUUUUUUAGUAUUUGAAAAUUUACUGUCAGGCAUAGCUAAAGACCCAUUUCCCAAGCUUACUUAACACAUUUAUCACAAAAGGUUAAUUAUAUACUCUUAACAAAAACAAAUAAAUUAAAUUCAAUUCAGCCAUAAACAAACAAAAAUCCCACCAAAGUCGCAAAAAUAUUUUAAUUGGACUUUUCUACAACCGUAAGAAUAUCAAGAUUACAUGAAAUUAACCCAUUGUGUAUAAAAACUGGUCAGUGAGAGUAGAACAAGCUAUUUUUUGCAAAUGUAAAUUUGGAUAAAACAGGAAACUCGUAUUUGUUUCUAAGGAAUAACAGACUUGCUUGCAUGUGGUUGCAUACAGAAUAUCUGGAUUCAUAUAUUUAUUAAAGGCUUGCAGUCGCCUUUUAGCAAGCAGUGUAAUACUAUUUUGUUGCGAUAACAUUUUUUUAUUUAGGGGAGGGGAUUGGGGGCUGUGCAGGAUUAGGCAAAAUGUGGUAAUGCCAGAAUUUUGUAUUACAUAAUUAUUUUAUGCGUAGACAAACAUUUACAUUAUCAGUUCACCUUUUUAUGACCAUGGCAGAAAAGUAAAAACAAAAUAAAAAUGUAAAAAAAAAAUAAUAAAUUAAAUAAAAUUAAAAAAACUAAAAAUACAUUUUUUUACAGGCUGGCAAAGAACAAAGAACUGUUCUUUUAAAUCUGAAACUUGAUUUUGCUUGUGCUAUAGAAAAAACACACACAGAUGUUUUUCUUCCCUAAGUGUUAUAAGCACUGGAUAUAAAUGGUAUUUUUUAUCACUUCUGACUAAUGUGAAACUGUUGUACAAAAAAAAACAAAAAAAAAAACUACAUGAACAAAAGUCGUCUGUUUAGACUCGUGUGGGUUUGCCUCACAUUUGCCAGAUUUGGUGUCUUGUUUUUUUUUUCACUUAUUUAUAUAAAAUACAUGUUGGUUUUAACACUCUGUUUGAGCUACAGUCUGCGUCGGAUUAACCCCUGAGUGCCCAGGGACAAGACAGUGGAUUAUUUGAUGAUGCACUGCACCCUCCGCAGGUUGCUUGAGCAUUAACACUGUGUGACCAAUCCAUACCCUUUUUUGGAAGAUGGCCCUUCCUUUAACCAGCAGACUAACAACUGUCUUAAACUGUCUAAAGCAAGAUUAAAAAACAAGAAAACUAAAAAAAAUUUAAAAAGGAAUAUUUUUAAAUAGUAUUACAUAGCAGCAUUGAAACCUUUAUUUAUUAGCCAGCACUGGCUCUAAAAUAGAAAUAAAAUAUAAUAUUAAUAUUAAAAUGGAGACAAUCAAUAACUUGCCGUUUAUAAAUGGAUCUUAUUACAAAGUAUGCUAUGGGCAAUACAUCUCAUUUUAGGAGUUUAUUUUAACUUAUGUAAAUAUAACCUGGGACAUAGAAUUUUUUUUUUAUGCAUUAUUUAUAUAUGUACGGAUUGUGUGGUUUUCAGUAUAAAUUGACCCAAGCUUGCUGAACCUCUUGUCGGUGGGUCAGUUUUUGGUCAGUCGCUGAGGAAAAACUAGGUAUCGCAUUAAAUAUCCACUUGGUAUUAAAUCCAUGUGAUUUGAAAUCACAGUCAAGCAUAUUCUUAACCCACUGCAUGUCACAUGCAGAGAUUAUUCCAUGACUCUCCCCUGCACAAAGUAGAGGUAUAAAAAAGAGUGGUAUUAAAUCCAUGUUCCCCACAGCAAAGUGAAGAUAGGAGUAGUUUCCUUCCUAUAAAAAUACCUAUGGUGGUUGAUGGAGCAUUGUCAUUUAUGAAAAGAUCAAAGAUAAUCAAAAUUAGAGACAUUUCUUUAAAUUUGAACUUUUUAGUUAAGUGAAUUCAAAAUAUUGCUUACUUAACGUGAAAAUAUCAAUACUGGCAUCACCAUUUGACAGAACAGCAGUCCCAUACACAUUUCUUAUCAAUAUUCUCUGUAUUACAAUCUCUUAUUAAAGUGGAGAAUACGUCCCGUGUAGAAACCCAUUAUCAGCGUCUUCACGAUGUUUGUCAAAUAAUAAUUCCCAGGCAAACAGUUUCAAUAAUGUGUAUUAAUAAUAGAACCUUUUGGCGACGUUGAAGCGGUGGCUUAACUGGUUUAUAUCAAGCAAACGAGAGCAGUGGAAAGAGGUUCAGUGAUUUGAAAUCACAGUCAAGCAUAUUAUUAACCCACUGCAUGUCACAUGCAGAGAUUAUCCCAUGACUCUCCCCUGCACAAAGUAGAGGUAUAAAAAAGAGUGGUGCACUUACAGAAUAUAGAGAGAAUAACAAAGGAUAUUAAAGGGAAGCUGCAUCGGAACUAGUUUUGUGCUGGAUCUUUAAACACACAGGUUUACUGCGAUGUCUUUCCAUUUCAAUCCUAAAUCAAUUUCAGACCGCUAACAAUCUAUAGGCAACAUCUUUCUCCAUUGUAUCAGGUCAUUUUUUAUUAUAACAACAAUUUUAUUCUUUGUAAAAAAGACUGCAUAUUUAUAUAGGGAGGACAUUUGAUUUAAGAAUAAAAGCUAUUUAUUUUAUGGGUUUUGGUAAGAUACAUUCUUAGUCUUUGGAUGACAGGCUAGUCUUAAGCAGGGGUCAUGCGUCUCAGAAUUCAUUGCUUGCCAGCGACAGAAUUUUAGGAAAAAUAAUGAUUUGAGGUAGGGGAUUCUGCACAUGUGGUUAAAAAUAUUAUCUGUGCUUUCAUGCCCCUUCAAUGAAAAUAGCUUCAUGUUUUAAUUUAGCCCUGCCGCCACUGAGCAUCACAUGUAACAAAAGAAUACACAAUUACAAACGUUUAUUACUAUAAAAGUACGACCCUGGUUGGAUAAUGGUCCUCAUUGAAUACUUUAACCAGAUAAUAUAUAUAUAUAUAUUUUUUAGAAUUGUAAAAAUAUUUGUAUUUAGACAGUAACUGGUACUAAACAUUUCACAUAGUUAACAUUGUAUAGGAUUUGUUACUUCUCUAUGUCAAAAAAUAAAGGUAAAUUAAGAGCUUGACCUCUGAAGAGGUAAUUAGUACAAUACAAUGUGUUGAUAUCCUCUCUGGUACUUACAGGGUUGACUAUCCUAUCAGUGACAAGUUAAUUAUUCUAUUAUUAUAUCAUAGGGAGGGGCCCAACGCAUUUCACAAUGCAAUGUAUUCUUUAACUUCCAAAUCAGGAGGGUUUAAAAGACAAUUUUGAUUAGAAUGUGAAAUAAAGAGUUUGAGGUCAAAUGCAGUUGAUGACAGUGUCUGUUGGAACCAGAAACUGGCCCUUAAUAUGACCAUUGGUAACUAUCAAAUAAUAUUCUGACCUCAGUUUACAAAAAGCACUUGUUACAUUUCAUUUCAGUACUAACCUUCUUUUUUUUCUUUUUAGUCCAUCGUUAUGUAAAGUUUGUUUAAAUGUUUUGUUUUAUACUGAACCCUAGAUUUUUUUUUAUAUAGUAUCCCACAUGUAACAUUUUUUUAAAUGUGUUAAAUUUGACUGAUCAUCUCUUCGACGUACACAAUGUUUGAAUUGCUGUAGAUUUAUUCUAAGUUGAGUGACAAAUGCAGAAAUCGAACAUGGCAAUGUGGACGAUGCCAAGCAAUUUUGUGCGUUAUGACGUAAGCUCUGGCUGAGAAGCGUGAGAUAGGUACUUAGUGCUCAUGCUGUAUGGGAAGGUGCAAAUAUGUUACUGUGUUUUCUACACUUUUGCAGAAUAGCUGGUGUGCAUUGUCUGUCUGUCUUCAUUUUCAUCCAUGUUCCGUUGUAUUUCUUUCUUUUGUAAGAAAAAGAAAAGUGAUUGUUUGUAUCCCCUGGAAUCUUUUUAGCAAAAUGAUAUAAAAAUGCUUAGCAUUUAUGUUUUUUACAUUAUUGUAUUGUCAUAAGCAAAAAAAAAAAAAAAUAAGAGAAAUGCAUUAAGACAAGCUUCUAGCUGUUACUACACCCCAUGGCAUUGUAAUAUGUAUGUGAUGUAUAUUGUGAGAUUGUACUCUAUGUUAAUUUAAUCAGCACAAUUCACUGACAUGCUGGACUACAUACAAGCUGCUCUUAGAACAUGUAAAGUUUUUUUUUUCUUUUCAUGCUGUUGGGGUAACCCAGACUGUUGUCGUUAACGUAUCUUCAGUUUUUUUUUUUUUUAGUUUUUUUUUUUUUUUAUAGAAACUAUGAGGGUGUAGCUCACAAGACGCUAGGGCUGCAAUCUUCCACACCCGCUAGCAGAUUAAACUGGCAGGAUUCAUUUCAUUUUGUAGAAAUUGUAUGUACAAUGCAGGUACCCACCUAGGCCAACGGCUUAUAAAUAUUUGGACGUUUAGAAAAAAAAAAAAAACAACACAAAAACACAGAAAAAAAAAAGAAACAAAACUAGUGUCUAUUGCUGCUUUGAAUAUGUUUUAAAAGUCAGAAAAUGUAAAUAGUUUAUUGGAAAAAAAAAAAUCUUGUACAGUCCAGUGUAAAGUUUUUAACUGAACCUUAAAGUUGCCAACACGUGUUACACAAUUUUCUCUUGAUACAGUACAAAUACCUGUUUGCUAAGGAUAAAGAUUUAAUAAAUCUAAUUGGAAAUGAAAAUAAUAUUGUUAUCCUAAACUUUGCUUCAUUGCAUAAUCAGAUGAUUGCGUCCUGUUGUGCAGUAUUAACGUGAGGUAAUAUGAAUGAUCUCUUGGUGGUAUUUUCAACGGGCCUUAUCUGCCUCUGCCUCAGUAAUAAUCGGACAAGGCAAAUAACUGAAAGACAUGCUGAUGGGUUUAGGUACAUUGUGUACAUGCAUAUUGUACAUGGUGCUUUCUUAAUAUUUUUCUUUGUGCAAUGUAAGGAUGAUGCUAAAAUGCUAAGAUAGGAGGGUGAUGUUCCGCGGGGGAGUGGCUGUAAGACUGCCUAUUUAUGCUAAUUUACCUCAAGACUGUCCUCUAUACCCUUAAUCGAUUCACCAUCACUCCAUCUUUUGUACUGCUGUUCACACUCACAAAUUAAAGAUCCAUUUUGUUUUA